AGUACCUUCUUCACUUUUCACCUUGGUUCUCCCAUAGUUUUUACAAUGCUCGCCGGAAAUAACACGGAAAAGAAGCCUGUGAGAGUCUGGGUCGAUGGUUGUUUUGACAUGAUGCAUUACGGUCAUGCUAAUGCUUUGAGACAGGCCAAAGCAAUGGGUGAUAUUCUUGUCGUAGGUGUUCACAAUGAUGCUGAUAUUGCCACGAAUAAGGGGCCUACUGUCAUGAAAGAAGAAGAAAGAUAUGCAGCAGUAGCAGCAUGUAAAUGGGCAGAUGAAGUAGUUCCUAAUGCACCCUACAAUACCACAGUGGAGAUCCUCAAGGAACAUAACAUCGAUUUCUGCGUUCAUGGUGAUGAUAUUACCACCAUGGCCGAUGGUACAGAUUGUUAUCAGGCAGUGAAAGAUGCAGGACUCUAUCGUGAAUGUAAAAGAACCGUAGGUGUUUCUACAACAGAGCUCGUCGGCCGCAUGCUCUUAAUGACGCGCGAUCACCACAACAAACGCCGUAGACCAUCGAUGAAAGAUGAAGAUGAGCCCAUAUCUACUUUUGCUGACGAUAGCAAUAUCACACCUUUCAGUGCGAACGGACCCAAAAAAACCACCGUAUCACAAUUUUUGCCUACUUCACGCCGUAUCGUACAAUUCUCAUCGGGUCGCGAGCCCAAACCUACAGACAAAAUUGUGUAUGUGGACGGUACAUUUGAUCUAUUCCACGUCGGGCAUAUUGAAUUUUUGAAAAGAGCCAAAGCAUUGGGUGACUUUCUGAUUGUUGGCGUGCAUGACGAUCAAACUGUGAAUGCCAUUAAGGGAUCCAAUUAUCCUUUGAUGAAUCUGCAUGAACGAGCUUUGAGCGUGUUGGCUUGUCGUUAUGUGGAUGAGGUCAUUAUAGGCGCACCUUAUAGUGUGACGGACGAGAUUUUGAAUGGAGAAUACAAAGUAGCUGUGGUGGCUCAUGGGAACACCCAUUUGGAUACGGAUAUGGAUGGAAAAGACCCCUAUGCACUACCCAAAGAAUAUGGUAUUUAUACAGAAAUUGAUACCCCCAAUUCUACUAUUACAACUGAAGGUAUUAUUGAUCGUAUUAUUGAGAAUCGUAAAAUUUACGAAGAGAGACAAAGAAGGAAAAAUAAAAAAGCUAUUGUAGAGCGUCAAAAAGAAGCAGAUGAGAAACAACAGCAGCAAGAAGGACAGCCAAUAUAAAUCAUGUAGCAUUGUAUUUUACAACAUCAGUUUCGCUAUUUAUUUAUUCAUUUAUAUAUGAUCUCAAUAAAAAACCACCAAAUUAUGUUCAUUUAUUGCUAUACAAUUCAAAAGCACUUGAUGUUUACGCUAAAUG